AUGAACUGUGGGAUUUCCGCAAUAUGUGCCAAGCUUCUGCUGCAAGAUGUCAAAGGCAAAGCGAUGAAUGCGUGGCUGUUGCUAGCUCUUCUCGGAGUCUGGUAAGUUUGCAUUGGACUAGCGGGGAUAUGAAUGACCGAGGAGCUUUCGGUGGUUCUGAAUUAAGGCAGUAGGCGACAAGACGUCCCUCUAUGGUACUAAAUUAGGGUGAAAGGGGUUCACAAUCAUACUGAAGUGAAUGUGAUUAGGUGCUACCCGUAGCAUUGUGCCAGAGGAUUCGUGCGCGGUUGUCAAUAUUGUCCAGACACAAUCUAUAACAUUUCUUGCAAUAUUGUUCUUUUAGACGCGUAUAACUGCAAAACCUAGUGUAGCCUAAUUUGUUUAGUGUAAAGAAUGCCAAGUGUAAUAGCCUACCCUUGACUAUAGCCUGUAGGGUAUAUACUAUUCCGUUAUUUCAGCAGGCAAUGUCAAUUAAAAUCAGAGGGACAACCUUGAGCAAAACCAAGGCUACUGCAGAUGAUCGUUUUCAUAAAAAAAAAACGCGCAAUAUUCGUUCAGAAAUAUUUUACAACCAGCAAACAUUAGGUAUUCUAAGCCUCAGCAUCAGAAUCCCCACCUCCUGCCAACACUUCAAAUAGAAAAUAUGAUUAUUAAGCUUAGCUUAUAAAAGGUUAGAUACUGUGUAUUUUGCUUAAUAUGUUUCAUGUUGGCUAUAUUCUUGCCUAUAGAGCAGAUUUCACAUAGGCCUAUGCGGCAAAAAGGACCAAGUCUUCAUGGCAAUAUCAGCUGUCACUUCAAGAGCAAGAUACAUAAUUUAUGAGUUUGAUCCUUAAAUUGAAUUGACUAAUACCACAAAUUGACCAAUAUAUCUCUGUGGGCCAUAAACUAAUUACAAAAUCAAGGUAAAAGCACACAGUGUUCAUAAAGGUUAGCUGUGAAGAUAGAAUGAAUGAAUGAAUGAAUGAAUGUAAUGGGCUAUUAGGCUAUGUCACUACAGUUGGCUCUGUUCCUUGUAUUGAUAACAACCAUGAUCCUUCAGACAUCUUUUUGUCAUAAACUCAUCUGUCACCUUGUAGUAGAUUGGUUCUGCCCCUACAAUAUAGUUUGCAUCAGAAUUGCAUGGUAUUGAUCAGCACAGUAUAUUAGUCCUUCAUGCUUUCUGAGGGUUGGGGUUUUCCGUGGUGUCCAAUAGUAGUGAGCUAUAUUGACUCAAUUCACUCACUGUUUUCCAAUACAAAGACCACCGAUUUACUGAUCCCUUGGCUUCCCAUGAGCAUCCAGCCCUGUUUUCAUAAUCUGUUCUGGCAGCCAGCUGGAGGGGUAGUACCAAGUGCUGGUCUAGGGUCAGUUCUGGGUGUUACAGGUCCGUUAAGUUGGCUCCAAUCAAUAGAUCAAUCAAUAGGCCUGUAGCAGUUGUCACCAACCCUGGUCCUGUUUCAGGCCAGCAGCACAAUUCAACUGGUGAAGUAUUAGAUGAGCAUUUGAAUAGUUGAAGGUGUGUUAGUGCUGGGCUAAUAAAGGUCUACACAACCAGUAACCCAGGACCACUGGAGUAGAGUAAGCUGAUCCCAGAUCUGUGUUUUGGUUAUGACACUAAAAUAGUGUCUUGGGGACCGAUUCUUGAUCACCACAACAUUCUUGCAGCCCUCAACAAUAUAUUUGUGAGCUGACCAAAAAUGAUGUGGUACAAAUCCAUAAAAAAUUCAAAGUCAUUAUUUGACAGAUUUAUAUGAUGUAUUAUAUGAUAGGAUUUAUUGAGAGUUGGCUCAAGUCGCCUUUUCAAACUCUCAGCCACCUCUUACCAUCUAAAAGGGUCUACUUACUUCUAAUGGACAAUCAGUGAAGUAGGGUUAUGGACAUUUAGUACCUUUAGGUUGUUUAACAUUGCGGGGUAUGGAUACUCAGUGUUAUUGGGAUUGUGAAACAUUGAUGUAGAGAUUACAGAUCCAGUGGCACUGGACAAGUGGGUCUGGCCAUAUCGAUUCUGUUUAAAGGCAGUUGUGCACUAGCAUCUGGGAGGGACUGCUGAAUGGCCUGGGCGAGGUGCCAAGUCCUCAAGUCUCUUAACGGUAUUGGAUACAUGUUCAUUAACGCGAAACAACAGCAGCCGGGCUUGGCAUUACCGGAGCACUCGCUCAUGUGUGACCGCCAGAUACAGUGGCGCAGUUACAGGGUGGAUGGAAAGGGAUGUACAAUUCCCAGAUCUACCUCUAUAGCUUCUCCCUGAAUCAAACCCAAGACUCUACUGUCUGCUCCAAAGUGUGCUCUUUGGCCUUAAUUGAUCAAAUAAAUCAUUUUUAGAGAAGCCGUACAUCUGGACAGACUGACACCUUUUCCCCUGUAACGUGCCUUAAUGACACUGGUCAGAAUGCCAGUAAGUGUGUGUCAUGUAAACCCUCAACCUUCAGCUCCACUCCACCCCAGAUUCCUGUCCAGCUCUUCUGCCAAAACACCUGGCUUAAUGGAUUGCUGUGAAGUCAUUCCAGUGUUCCAUCUGCAGAGCCAAACUCUCUCUCUCUCUCUCUCUCUCUCUCUCUCUCUCUCUCUCUCUCUCUCUCUCUCUCUCUCUCUCUCUCUCUCUCUCUCUCUCUCUCUCUCUCUCUCUCUCUCUCUCUCUCCCUCCCUCCCUCCCUCACUCUCAAUCAUGUUCUCUCUCUCCUCUCUUCGCAGUGUGGCGUCAUUUGGGCCCAGUACAAAGGAGGAUGAGGACUAUGAAGACGUCCCCAUAAAUAAGACCUGGGUUUUAUCGCCCAAGGUCUAUGAGAGCGAUGUCACCUUGAUCUUAAAUAGAUUGCUGCAGGGCUAUGACAACAAACUCCGACCUGACAUUGGAGGCAAGUCCCAUUGGGCACACACUGAUUGAAUCAACGUAUUUUCAAUGUCCUUUCAUUGAAAUUACGUUGAACCAACGUGGAAUAGACAUUGAAUUGACAUCUGUACCAAGUGGGGUAGUUCCACAGCAGCCAGUGGGAAUCUGAUUUAUGUUUUUAAAAUUUUAGUUCGCCAUUAAUUAUGUAAGCUUGUGAUAGAUCAUCAUUAACUUACUAAGCAUUGUUUAGCGCUUACCAGUCAUUUUCAGAGUGUAUAUAAUUGUAGAAUAAAUUGUGUCUGCAUGCAUAUCUCAAAAUCAGGACUCGUCCCAUUGCCAGUUUAUUACCCUUUUCUUAAAAUAUCCCUCCAAGGCAAUGGCGUAACUGUGCUGUGUGCAGGCCAAUGUGAAGUUAUUUUUAAGCAGAUUGAUUACACACGGUGGCUAGAAUGCAACUGAGCCAAAUCAUGAUUGAUCGCAAGGCACUGGGUCAUUGUUAGAAGUUCAGUUCAUUCGUUUGUUGUGUACACUGACAGGGAGGAUACAAUUGUUUUUGUGAAAAAAUAGUAGCCUAAAGCAUAGUAGCCUAAAGUUGUUUGGUUAGUUUGAGAUUGUGGACUGUAUAGCCUACUGUGUAUAGUAGCAUGGAAGCAGUAAGAAUGUGGUUCUUUCUUUGACCUCAUACAUACUUGCAUUAUUUGAGAGCCCCUGGUAGGCUAUACUGUAGAGAUAGGUUACGUUCAUAAAGGUGAAAGGUGUUUUGUUUUUUGUUUCAGUAAGGCCCACCGUGAUUGAGACAGCGGUAUAUGUCAACAGCAUCGGACCAGUCGAUCCUAUUAACAUGGUGAGUCUGGUGGCCUGGGGUGGUCUAGCCUUCUAAGCUGCUGCCUCUGGAGCAUAUGUAUGAUGUACAGCUGUUAGCAUGGGUUCGAAUCCGGCACACUUUCAGCAGUCACUGUCGUACCUUUCACCUCUAUCUCUCUUUAUCCAAUAAACAUACAAAAUACACAAAAAAACAUGGUAAGUCCUGUCUUGUCAUGUACUGCAUCAAUGCUCUUCGUUGAAACAGAAUGAAUACAGGAGAGCAACAAUCUAAUACAUUGCCCAACACAUAAUCAUGGCAGCGGCACAAUACAUUGGCGUAAAAUAACUGUUUCAUGGCAGAGUUAACCUAUGUGUCCAUCUUGUUUCAGGAGUACACCAUAGACAUCUUCUUUGCCCAGACGUGGUAUGACAGUCGCCUUAAGUUCAACAGCUCCAUGAAAGUCCUGAUGCUCAACAGUAACAUGGUGGGAAAGAUCUGGAUUCCUGACACCUUUUUCCGAAAUUCUAGAAAGUCUGACGCCCACUGGAUCACCACUCCGAACCGUCUGCUACGACUGUGGAACAACGGGAGAGUGAUGUACACACUGAGGUAGGAGGAUGACGGCUGCCAUUCUUUGUUUUUCGAGGACUCUGUGUUUAGUACUCGUGGUAUGUGCAGCUCUAGUUUGUGCAUCUGUACUUUUGUCUUGUAGCCCUCUUUUAGGCACCCGCUAUUUGUCGAAGCAUGAUCUUGAAGCCAUUGUUAUUUUUCCCUAGCAUUUGUUUAAAUAAAAGAGAGGGAAAUACUUUGUUUGUAAUUGUUACGAUCCAGCCUAUUUGGGGAAAAAAACACAUUACAAAAUCAAUGUAACACAUCAUUAACUUUUCUCUGUCACAAUUCUGUUUUUGUCAGGUUGACUAUUAAUGCGGAAUGCUACCUUAAGCUGCAUAACUUUCCUAUGGACGAGCACUCGUGUCCGCUGGAGUUUUCGAGCUGUAGGUGUUUAAACACUCUCCCCGUCAUUUCGACUUCAGCUUCAGUAGCUAGCCCAGAGAGGGUGUCAGAGCGGGCCAGCAUUAGGAGCUGAGCCCCAGCCCCCCACAAGCCCAUCUGCUUGAGGCUGUCCCUUCAGCCUGUAUGAUCUAUCAUCUGCUCCACCGGGGAAGAAAGGAGGUCACAAAGUACCAUUCUCUGACAGACUAAUGAAUUAUGCAGUGCCCCCAAACUGAUUCAUGCUCUGUCUGUGUCAUUCUCCAUCCGUCCUGCAUUGUGCUUCAGCUUCUCAUGUCUCGUUGUCAUGAUCUUAACCCCCACACACCCUGUUGAGCGCUACAGUGUAAACUGGAAGGGCAUCCCAUGGUUAGAGGAAGGAUGUGUUCCAUCUUGAAUGCUCCCGUGCUUGGCCAUAUAGUAUGCACCUGUGGUGUACUGAGAUUCACUGUUGUGUUCUGGAUUAUGGCUUCUACAAGGCUGGACAAUGAGAGGUUCCUAAUGUUACAUGUGUGUGUUUGUGUGUGUUCAACCGUACACCCCUCUAGAUGGCUAUCCAAAAAAUGAGAUUCUGUACCGUUGGCAAAAGCGUUCUGUGGAAGUGGCCGACCAAAGGUACUGGAGACUCUACCAGUUUGCGUUCGUCGGUUUACGAAACACAUCAGACGUGGCGCAUACACAGUCAGGUAAGGGAUGACAUGCAUCCUUUUAGAAAAUGCAUUCUUAGCUCUGGUGUGGCUUUUAAGUUUUACGAAAUGAUGCUAAACAUUUUAACUUCUUUUAUAUGCUGGUAUGUUUCUCUUUUGAAUGUCUAGGUGAAUAUGUCAUCUUGACAAUAUUUUUUGACCUGAGUCGGCGAAUGGGCUACUUCACUAUUCAGACGUACAUCCCCUGCAGCAUGAUCGUGGUGCUGUCAUGGGUCUCUUUUUGGAUCAACAAAGAUGCUGUCCCUGCCAGGACCUCCUUGGGUAUCUCUCGUUUCUUACAGCCCUUUGUAAAGGACUAAAUAUCAUAUUUUCUAAUGGCUAGUGUCAGUUACGUGAACACACAAAAUCAGCUCAACCAGCUAAACCAUUAAACUGGCUUUGUGACUUCCUGUGCAGGAAUCACCACGGUGCUUACCAUGACAACGCUGAGCACCAUCUCCAGGAAGUCACUUCCCAAGGUGUCCUAUGUGACGGCCAUGGACCUGUUUGUGUCUGUUUGCUUCAUCUUCACGUUUGCUGCUCUGAUGGAGUAUGGGACUCUACACUACUUCACCAGCAACAGGCAGAGCAAGAAGGAUACGGACAAAAAUGCACCACAGGUAGAGACACCACUGUUCCCAGUAGCUUCUGCUAUUUAAUUUGAAGAUUCUUUUUAUGGGAAUAUAUUAUUUGUACAGUUUUAAAAUCAAGGCAAGUAAUCAAAUCACAGCAAUGUAAAUAGGAGAUUUCAAUGAGCUGUGUGAACACGCACAUACAAUUUUUUAGUAAUUAACUACAAAAUAGUGUAUAACAGCAUAUAACCUUGACAAUGAGUCAAUCUGCAUACAUCAACUACACAAAUGGAGGAAGAAAGGAAGCUGCAGUAGCUACAUUAACAUCAUGAACUUUAACAUUGCCAUUUCCAAGGUCAAAUUCGUCAUUCAUUAGUAACGAUGCUGCCUAUAACUCAAGGCAUUAUUUUGUUUGCCUUAGCCAAGGGAUUGAGAUAGAUUUCUUUAGUCUGUAAUCAUAUUUAGCCGGGUUUCAAAGACUUUGUGAAGCAUAGAUUUCUGUGGGAGAGUAAACACACUCGGCAGAGGAGUGGGAAUACAGAGAGGGCAUAAGUCAUCGCUGUAAACGGUCACGAAUCCUUCCAACUGGGACUGAGAUGCAGUGAUAUUGAGCAGAGAAAAUGAAAUCCCUGUAAGCGCCAUACAAAUGGCAAGGUCUUAUAGUACAAAAAGCAAACGGCAUGAAAUGCAGUGAAAAAGGCCAAUGCCAAUUUCCUGCUUAGGAGAAACUGUAUGCCUUUUUAUUGACUAAAUAUGGCUGAACCACUCUGCUCUUCCUAGCAUAUUCCCACAGCCACCGUGAUGAAUUUGAAUGUGAUAUAUUGCAUUUAUAAUAUACAUCUAUGAUCUUCAGCUCUCAUUCACCAUGAAUGGCAUCCAUUAUGUGAGAGAACGUUCACCACACAAAUGUUGUAAGCUAUAUAAAACGUAAAGUGAAUGGUAAAUAAAAAUCCUAUCUUGAAGCGUAUUCCCAGAAAGAAAUGAAUAACUCAACCACAAUUGUAAUAUUUACCUACAGAAAUCCAGCAGCAUGGUGAACAUUAGGCCAGGGACGUCACUGCUCCAGAUGAAUAACAUUGCCCCCUACCAAGACGAGGACGAUUAUGCCUAUGAGUGUCUGGAUGGGAAGGACUGCACCAGCUUCUUCUGCUGCUUCGACGACUGUCGCUCCGGAGCAUGGCGUGAAAAUCGGAUGCAUGUCCGAGUCUCAAAGAUCGAUUCCUACUCACGAAUAUUCUUCCCCACCGCCUUUGGCCUUUUCAACCUGGUCUACUGGAUCGGGUAUCUGUACUUAUAA